GGGAGAAUCACGUAAAAAAGCCACACUUCACCCGGAACAGGAGGACCGAGGGAAACCACGGCAGAGAGAUUGUUGUGGACGAUCCACACAAAUACUCUGAAUUUUACCUCCCCGAUAGUUCUAACUACAAGUUACCUGAAAACACGGGCACAGAUAUAUCCGCUGCAGGAUCCAGCUCCAUCGUGCUCACCCCUGAGAUGUCGGUCGUGCCUCCCAGUCGCUCAGCAGCCGGCUGGCCGCGCGGCGGGGCCGUUCAAUUCGGGAACAAAUACAUCACCGGGCCUGCUAAACCCCUCACACUGGAGAGGACCAUCAACCUAUACCCUCUGACUAACUACACGUUCGGUACAAAGGAGCCUCUCUAUGAGAAGGACAGUUCAGUGGCUGCUCGCUUCCAGCGGAUGCGAGAAGAGUUUGAUAAGAUGGGGAUGCGGAGGACAGUGGAGGGGGUUCUCAUCGUUCAUGAGCACAGGCUGCCUCAUGUGCUACUUCUGCAGCUCGGCACAACUUUUUUCAAACUGCCCGGGGGAGAGCUGAAUCCUGGAGAAGAUGAGGUUGAGGGUCUGAAACGUCUGAUGACAGAGAUCCUUGGACGACAGGAUGGUGUGAAGCAGGACUGGGUGAUCGAUGACUGUAUUGGCAACUGGUGGCGCCCCAACUUUGAGCCUCCACAGUAUCCCUAUAUUCCAGCUCACAUCACCAAACCUAAGGAGCAUAAGAAACUGUUCCUGGUUCAGCUGCAAGAAAAAGCGCUCUUUGCUGUCCCUAAGAACUAUAAACUGGUGGCAGCACCGCUUUUUGAACUCUAUGACAACGCACCUGGAUAUGGACCAAUCAUUUCCAGUCUACCGCAGCUGCUGAGCAGAAUCAUUAUCAACACCCAUCCUAUUGUCAUGUCAAAGAACAACACUGAUCACCUCCAGAUUGACUCAUCGGUACCUGCUCCACAUUUAGGUUCAACUUCAUUUACAACUAAUCCGGAUGAACAGGAGCAGGUCCAGCUGUCUCUGUGAGUGCAGCUCUGUCGGGGUGAGGAUGAGAGACAAUGUGGUGAAAAUGAAAUCUCAUCUUCAGCUCAACGUUCAAAAGAGAACAUUGUCAUGUUUCACGGGGGGUGUUUAUACUGUUAAAGAAAAUGAAAAUGUCAUGUGUCUGUUCUCUCUUUUUUUUUAUCUUGAGAUACUGCUAGUUUUUUGUAGUAUGAAGGUCUGUAACCAGUGUGCUAAGAAUCCGAUUUUAUGUCCUCUCAGCUGAGGUCAAUGUUUGAUUAAACGAAGUACUUCAUUGACUUUCCUGUUGUUUUAACCAGUAACAACACAGUGUUUUUUGUUCCUUUUUAAUAAAGCAGUCCUUUUGA